AUGCUCAAGCACUCUCUGGUGCCUCCAGAAAUCUCGGUCGUCACAGGACUUGAGUAUGGACUUAUCCUCCUUCUCCUCACAGUCGCAGGCAUCUGUUGGACUUACCGUAACAAGGGCGUCUGGGCAUCAUCCUCGGCCAAUUCAAAAUGGAUUGCGAGUCCAAAGGGAAAGCCGUUCACAGGAAAUCUGAACGAUCUCCGAACAAAUGGCGCCGCCAGCUGCGAGGCCUGGUACUCUUUGUACAAGCGAUACGGACCUGCCUACGAAAUGACAGUUCCGUUCUUUCGCAUGCAUAUCAUCAACCAUCCCACCUAUCUCGAGCAUAUUCAGAAACAUAACAGCAAGAACUACAUCCGCGGCAAAUUUGCCAGGAACAUGUUUGGUCCUCUUCAUCGAAGUGGGAUUUUUGUUGCGGAUGGCAUGGAAUGGCAAACGCAACGCAAAGCUGCCUCUCGUGCAUUCAGCAAGCGCAACUUCGAGACACAUAUCACUCAAUCUGUUCAUUAUUGGCUGGAUAUCUUUAUCCGCCUUCUCUCUAAUCUGGCCAAAGAGCAAAGAGAGUUUGACUUCCAGGAACUGAUGGGCCGUCUCAUGUUCUGCCUCUUUCUGCGAAUUGCCUUUCACGAGGAUAAGCUCGCUUUGGACAUCAUGUCUGAUGAUCCGAAGUGCCUGGAAUCAAAACCAGCUUUUGUCGAGGCAUUUGAUCAAGCCACUCAUUUAUUUGACCGGAGAAGACGAGACCCUCUAUGGAGAAUAACCGAGAAGCUCUCUGGAGAAGAUGCCAUCACCAAAAGAGCUGUGGAUCUCUUUUAUCAACAGAUUGAUUUUCUGAUCGAGAAGCGUCUCAACCUAAUGAAAGAUGGCUACAAACCCAACCCAGACGCUGGUGUUGACCUCCUUGACCUAUUUUUACAAUCGACAACUGAUAAAUAUACUCUGGGUGGAAUGGUAUUUUCGUUUCUGUCAGCGGGUCGGGAUACAACGACCUACAAUACCUCUUGGUUCAUGAAGGAGAUUCAUCAUCGGCAAAACAAACAUCUCAAUGCUUUGAAGAAGAUCCGUGCUGAGGCAGAGGACCUUGGCUUCACCAGUGGAUACCUCAACUACACGGAUGCGCCGAGAUUACGGUUCACGAAUGCUAUGUGGGACGAAUGCACUCGACUCAACACUGUUUCUCCAGCUGGCCAGUUGGAGGCGGCCGAGGACGACAUUCUACCAGCGGUCCCUGAGCUUAAUAUACCUCCCCGUCGCAUUAAGAAAGGUGAUGUUGUCAGCUAUCAGAACUAUGUUAUGGCCCGCAUGCCAGAAAUCUGGGGAGAGGACGCUGCGGUCUUCAACCCAUACCGGUGGCUCAAGGAGAACGGGGAAAGCAUCUCUUACAGUCCAUUCAAAUAUCACGCUUGGAAUGCUGGGCCGCGUAGUUGCCUCGGACGGCCACUGGCUACGUAUGAGGGCAUCACUAUUACAGUGGCAAUCCUUCAACGCUUUGACAUCAUUCUCUCAGACGAUAGCAGAAUGUAUAAACCACUUGCUGCCAUGAACAUGGGUAUCCAAGGGGGUCUUCCAAUGCGGGUGAGGGAAAGAAAGCAAUCGUGA